CGCGCGUAUGUGCAACGAUCGAACGUAGCAGACGGAACAUAUUGUUUCGUCAACGUUUAUUUCUGUUCCAACGUGCGCAAAUUCUUCAUCGAGUACGCACUGAUUGAUCAAACAAUUUUCCCGAGAUAUUUCCAUCGGAAUUGCACUUAUUCCGUGAGAUUUCCAUUGUUUAAGAUCCUUCUUGGCGAGCUCCUGUCACUCUGCCCGUCCUCCUGUCUAUUUACACAACUUCGACUUCCGACCCGCGAUGGAAACGUCAAUGUGACAAUCACAAUCACGAAUAUGACAUUGGUAUCAGUUUGAUUUGAAAAACUGUCAAACUGUGAAAUAAGAGAAAAUGCUUGGGUGAAGCCUGACGUGGCUAGACAAGAAUUCGUGAAAAUUCACUCGUGAAAACUCAAUCUCGCGAUAAUGCUCGAGGAAAGCUAUACUUUACGCUUAAUCGCUGAUAAAGACCAUCGAGUAGGAAAUUUCCAAUGAACGUUCCACUAUAUGGGCUUCUUGGAGUUGCGGCUGCUGUACUCGUGUAUGUUGUUGGGAUUGGAAUGAUAGCAAAGCUGUUUGUCUGUCUGCUAGCCUUAAUUUUAGGAAUUUUCACGUGUAUAUAUAGAACAUAUGGCGCGAAUGUCGACAAUGCAGUUAAAUCUGAAAGGGAAGACUUAAACAAGAAGACUGAAAAGUUACGGCAGUAUAUUCUAGAUCUGUCCAACCAGAAGAUGACUUUUACUUUAGAUAGGAGGAUCACCGGCAGCCGCAUUAUUGACGAGUCCCUGCAAGAAAUAUUAGAUUUCGUUAUCAGAGAUUAUGUGGAACCAUGGUACAGCAUUAUUACAGACGACGAGGAAUUUAUAUAUUCCGUUCGAGAUACUGCUCAGAAAAUAGCCAUCAACAUUGCAAAUCGAGUGAAAGGUGUGGACUGGAUACCAUAUUUAACUACGCGCCUCGUGGACGAUGCAGCUUCCCACGUUAGACUGUAUCGACAGGCAAGAGCGAGGACAAAGCAACUUCGGUCGAAGAAACUGCAGAAAGGUAGUGCAAGCUCGAGCACCUCCAGCGGCACACCUAAGAAGACACCCACACAUAGACGGAAUAAAAGCGAGACAGACGUGUCUUGGUAUUCUCAGUCCAAGUUCUACAUUCCCAAUUUGUCUUCUCUCACUGAGCCAAUCGAGAGCAACGAAGAGAAAGAAGAGGAGUCGUUGGAGAAAAUAUUUUUCGAUCUAGAGGUGCAGAUGGAGAACAAUCUAAUCUGCAGGGAUCUAGUAUGCACUAACAGCAUCCAGGAACUCGAAUUUCUGGGAGAAAUAUCGGAAAUUCUGUUGUAUCUCGUAUUGCCAAAGGGAGACUUUGAUUGCCUGACUGUGAGAUUUAUAUUGAGGGAGUUGUUAGUGAACGUGAUUAUCAAACCAUUGUUGGAUUUAUUCUCUGAUCCUGAUUAUAUUAAUCAGGCGUGUAUAUGGCUGUGCGCUAAGGAAGGUGGCUUACCUAGUGACGUGUUUUUAACGGUGAUCAGAGUAACCGAUAGCUUAGACGAAUUGACGGCGACAAAGAAUAUAGUUUGUAAAGAAAUAGCUCAUCUUCGUUCCAAGGAUUCUGGAGGGGAGGAUGACCUAUCGGUGAAACAACAAUUGAAUAGUUUACUUUAUGUGAAAAAAAUCUUAGAAACCAGAAUUAUCGGAAUGCAGGAGGGGCUGGAGUCGGAGACCGACGGAAUCGGUACUCAGCCCGAUUGGAACAGGCUGCUAAUACCCGGGCAGAAGUUAGUGAAUUUACCUCUAGAUGAGCUACUGAAAAACAAUAUCGCCUUAAGUUACUUCAUCGACUACAUGACCUCCAUAAAUGCAGAAUCGUACCUGUUCUUUUACCUGAAUAUCUAUGGCUGGAGAGUAUCGGCGGAGCAACAGAUAUCGAACAUCGAAUUGCAAAAGCUACACGUGGCCCAAGCGACCCCUGCUCUCGUGGGCACUAAGCGCAAAAACACAGAUCUAGAAAAUUUGAAGGAGGCAGCCACCAAAAUUUACCAGCAAUAUCUCAGCGACAAGGCAUCCCCUAAGUUGCAGUUGGAUGAUGCCUUGGUAAAGACUUUGUUGACUAGAAUAAGAACUGAACCUGUGAAAGAGACGUGGUUCGACGAUCUCAGAUCUUGCUGUUACGAAAAAUUACAGAACGAAGAUCGAUUUCUACCAGGUUUCAAAAGGUCCAUGGCUUACGUAAAGCUUCUUGCAGAAUUAGAUCUCCUGAAAGAUCCAACGUCUGAAGAGGACACGAAAUCUUUGGAUAGUAUUAGCUUGUCGAGUACGAAUAACGAAUUGGAGACGCUGGACGAGAUGUCUGAGAUGUACAAAUCAGAGGACGCUAAACCAGCUGAAUUGAAAGAUAGCAAAGAGAAGUCUAGCUCUUCGACGAGUUUGGCUAGUAUUGUGGAGCCAAAUGAGGACAAAUCAACCGAGUCUGAUUCUACCAUCAACGUUAAGACUAUGAAAAGCAUGAGGAAAGCGGCCAGCAUCGAUACAGACCACAUUAGCGAAGGCAAGGACAUCUCUUUCUAUCUGGAAUCGAAUGCAGAGCAAUUUGUUAAAUUGGAUGAAAAUACUUACGAUCAGAAUGCCAUUAAGAAGCUACAACAGGGAAAAUUCGAAAUUACUGCCAAAAUUAUCGAAACUGGGAUAGUCAAUGAUCGCGGGAAAACUUACGGAAUUUACGCAGUAGCCGUGACUAAGAAUUACGACUCGGGUUAUCAGGAGAAGUGGCACAUUUAUAGAAGAUACUCUGAUUUCUACAAUCUUCAUCAGAAGAUCAAGGAAAAAUAUUACGACCUAGCGAAAAUUCCUUUUCCAGCGAAGAAAGCUUUUCAUAACAUGGAAAGAACAGUUUUGGAAAGAAGAAUGUUGAUGUUGAAUGCCUGGCUGCAUCAAUUAACAAAACCAACUGUCGUCGAGGGACACAUGGGUCUACAGAAUUUGUUAUUGAGCUUUCUGGAGCAAGGAGAUUACGACAAAGGCGUCACGGGCGGACAGAUAUCCAAAACGAUAGAUACUCUGAUGAACCCGUUGAAAACGUCAAUGAAAACAGUAACUCAGGCAGUGAAAACUAUGCCGGAUAAUAUGCUGAAUACAGUAGAUGAAGUUAUGGACAAUAUAAGUAAAUUCUUUGGCAAUCCAAAAAAACCUAACGCCUUCUAUGAGAACACCAAAGUUAGUGCUAGUCUGGACGUGGAGACCGACGACAACAUUCCUUUACGAAUAAUGCUACUGUUGAUGGAUGAAAUUUUCGACCUAAAAGUAAGAAAUCAGUGGCUCAGACGAAGAAUAAUCACGUUACUCAGGCAGAUCAUUCGCACUAUGUUUGGCGAUAUAGUAAAUCGAAGAAUAGUCGAAUACGUUUCCUUACUAACAAGUCCAGCCAGAGUAGCUGGAUAUUUAAAGUUAUUUAAGAAUAGUUUCUGGCCGAAUGGAAUCAAAGCCGAGAAGAAACCACCGAGGGACGCUGAAAUGAAAAACAGGACAAGAGUGGCAGCCAAGGUGGCACUUCUGUCAUGUCUUUCAGAUGAAUUGAAACAUAUCAUAGGUAGUGAAACAACUAGGAGAGGUCUCCUGAGAGUGUUCGAAUUGUUCCAGCGACCUGUGCUUAACAGAAGACUUCUGUAUGUGCUCCUAGAAGGAAUUGUCGAGACUCUGUUUCCCCAGAACAACUUGGUAGACAUUUUCCGGAAGCUCUACUCGAUUUCACCAAGGGUGCAACAUAGAAACUUUCAGAGAACUUAAGAUCUGAUAAUUUUAUUUAGUGUUUCUCGGAAUUCAGAACGCCUACGAAUCUCUCUCUCUUUUUUUUUAUCGAAUGCUGUCUGCACCAAAGAUCUUGAACAGAAAAGUGAAACGUGGGGAAACUGUGGGGGAACUUGAUUUCUCACGAACUAUAAACGAAAAUAGAAAUUGACGAAUGCGUAUUCUACGAAGGAUAUUAGAGGAACCAAUACUCAAGCCUAGUUGAAUUGUAAAAUACAAAGGACGUAUUUCAACCGAUGCUCAAGCGGAAGAUUACCUAAAAACUCGUUAGGACUAAAGUGAUCAUAUACAUUAUUAUCCCGAGCAACCAAUUUCGUUGCAAUAAAUGAAAGGAAAACGUAUGGAAGUAGAAAAAUCGUUUUUCAAACUGGGAACAAUUUGAAAAUUCUAUAGAGAAAAAAAAAGGUUUGUAAACCAUAAUCUCAAUUUCUAGUAAUAUAUAUAUUGGGAUAAAAUAAGAGCAGUAAUCCAGUGGCCAAAUAAAUCUAAUAAACAAUUUACAUGAAUUAAUUCGAGCACUUUAAUCGAAUGUUUCGCUGAAACAUUUCGAUUAUCUCGUAGAUACACGCGUAUUUAAGAACAUUAUGCAUUCCAAUUUGCAUUUUAACGAUGUACUUCAUAACGGAACACUUUUUACACGUGUACUAGAAGACCAACUUUUUUCAUGGCGGUGUUAUUCUUUAGCAUACGAGCCGUCGCGAAAAUAUAUACUUAAUUCGCCAAAAUACAUUUUCAAUAUAUCGUGCCAUUUUAAAGCCCACAACGUAGCAAGGGGGAUAAAAAUAAAAAAAAAAAAAAAACGAAGUUUCUAUUUAUUUCGAAUCUCUUUGGAGAAUCUCUUUCGGAGACUAUAAAUUUGUAAGAUUUUAAUUUAAUUCCCCUGUCGUUGACGAAUGUAAUUAUUCUUAACGGCAGUGUAAGAUUGUUGUAAAUGUCGUACAAUUGUAUAUAUACAUAAACGUUAUUUCUAUCGUGUUGAAGCGCCAUAUCUGUCACUGUUUACUUAUUAUUAAAGGAAUUGUUUAUAAAUCGAUA